AUGUUAGAUGGAUUACUUUUUGAUAUUAUAUUUUUAUCAGCUUCUUUUGGGUUUUAUACAAUAUAUCAUCUAUUAUUAAUGAUACAGGUCAGGAGGAAUCCAAUGAAUACAGUUAUUGGUAGAAAUCAUCAUUUUCGUAGAUUAUGGACAAAACAAAUGGUGGAUGGUAAAAAGGAUAUACUGGCAGUUCAAACACUUCGUAAUAUGGUAAUGUCAUCAACUUUAUUGGCCUCCACAUCAAUUACAUUAGUAGUUUUAAUAAUAAAUAUAUUGGUAUCUCAAACAAUCACCACCAUAUUAGAUAAAAUUAGAAUUAUAGGUGCACAUAAUAGCGAAAUCUUAAUUUAUAAAGCAUUCAUUCUCAUUAUUAUAUUUUUAUUUUCAUUUUUAAAUUUUGCAUCCUCAAUUCGUUAUGUCACUCACUUGGCAUUCCUUUUAAAUGUUUCGCCUUUUUAUGAGGAAUGUUCUAAAGAUUAUUGCAACAAAUCAUUAAUCAAUGGUUCAAAUCAUUAUACAGUGGGUGUACGUUCAUUUUAUUUUGCAAUGUGUAUUAUUUUAUGGUUUUUCGAUCCAAUCUUCUUAAUGAUCGGUACCAUUGUAAUUCUCUAUUGGUUGUAUAUUGGUGAUAUCAGUCAUUACAUUAUUCCAUCAAAAGAAAAAGUUAGUAAAAAGAAAAAUAAAAAAUUCGAUAUCGAAAAUCAAGAAGCUUUAAAUGGUGUCGAUACCCAAGAUCCAAUACCCCUAAAAACAAUAAAAUAA